UUUAGUUGCGACACUGCAUUCAAGCUAGGUUUGAAAGCAAGGGAAAUCGCAGAGACUGAGUUCCCAUCAAGACCAGUUGUUAUUGAUAUCACAUUAACCACAGGCGCCACUUUGUUCAGAACAGUAUUGAAUGAGAUCCAACCAGAUAAUGAAGAGUGGGUCAAGAUGAAGAGAAACACUGUCAUUAGAUUCAAUGCUAGUAGUUAUAGAUUUGGCCAAAGAUUCAAGAAAUUGGGAAGAACCCUAAAGGACAAGGCUUUAGAUCCAACAGUUUAUACCGUCUAUGGUGGUGGUUUCCCUAUUAGAGUUGAAGGUUCAAAAGAUUUCAUAACUGCCGUUAUCACUGUUAGUGGAUUGAAAGACCAUGAAGAUCAUUAUAUUGGUCAAAAAGCUGUUGAG